AUGACCAGUGAAGAGGUGAAGGAUCAGCUACGGCCCGAGGCCCAAGGUCAAGAAAGCGCCGUAGACGUUGGUAAGGUCGAUGUCGAGCAGGUGGAGCUGGUCGCAGUGAGGGCAUCGACAGAGACUGCAGCUGAGGCAAAGGAUGAGCCUGUACCAUCUAGCCCGCCGACAAAGGUCGUCGAAGCUAGCAAGGUGUCACGCGAGGCCCAUGAAGAGUCUCUGAGUCGGAAGAGAGAUCGAGAGGGGAGUGUCGAACCCAGCUCAGCACCGUCGGCUGUCAAGAGCCCCUCUGAUGUCCUGCCUGCAAAAAAGAACCGGCUGCUCGCCUCUGUGAGCGACUCGGGCGAGAAGGCUGCUGAAGACGACCAGACCGCCGCUGUGACAGCCAAGGAUUCUCACAAAGCCCCCAAGACGGAGACGGGAGACAGUGAGAAGGUCGGGCAGAUCAGACAGAGGGUGGAGGAGUUGAGCUACCAGGAGCGCGAAACGAAGAGGGCAGACCUGGGCGAGAAGCGCCGCUCUUCCGACACCGAGCAUGCCUCAAGUGGUAGCGGUACCACAGCGGCGGAGGCCAAAAAACCGGCAGAUCCAGCGCCUGCGCCUCCUGCUCCAGCAGCCGCAACUCCCUCACGAAAGCAACCUACCUUCUCUUCAUUCUCAGCAUCCUCUUCACCAUUCGCAAGCUCGAGCGCAAGCGCAGGUGUGUCCGGACCGAGCUGGUUGGCUGGCUCGUCUGGAACUGGCUCAUCCUCGUCCUCAGCAUCUCCUUCUGCGUCUACUACUUUUGGCGGCAGCAAGGUCGCGAGGCCAUCAGGCGGUAUGAGCGGUACCACAGGUGCUAUCAAGCCCAGUACACUCGGAGGCGAAUCACCCGCGGUAGACGAAAGAGCUCGGGGAUCCAGCUCGCCUGCGCCAGCCAGUAGCUCGAGCAGAGCAGGGACCUCAAGCUCUGCGGCUCCGCCUGCCAAGUCGUCUGCCGGUCUGGGUUUUGGGGCAUUCGCUGCAUCUCGACCAUUCUCUGGCGGCAGCAAACCGUCUGCAAGCACACCAACCGCGGCAUCUGGGGCGUCUUCGGCGUCUAAGCAGCCAGAUGAUGUGGAAGCAGUGAAGAGCCCUCUGGCGGGAGAGUCAAUCUUUGAUCAGCAACAGGCUUUCGGAGCCGAGACCGGUCAGAGUAGUGAUGCAGUGACAGAAGAGACCGAGAACGGAGAAGAGGGCAAGAGCAAGGUCAAGGUCCAGAGUCUGACAGAAGCGGAACUUGCUACGGGAGAGGAACACGAGCGCACUAUGCACUCCGUGCGAGCCAAGCUGUACACAAUGAGCAAGGAUGGGGAGGAUGGUACUGGCGCAGAUGGGACCUGGAAGGAACGGGGUACUGGCACGUUAAGAGUCAAUGUACCCAAGGAUAUGAGAGCUCAGGCGCAAGGGGGAGCGAGACUGGUCAUGCGGGCCGAAGGAGUAUUCCGUCUCAUUCUCAACGUUGCUCUGUUCAAGGGAAUGAAGGUCGAGCUGGCCCAAGACAAAUUUGUGCGUAUCGUUGCGCUAGAAGGCGGAAAGUUGGUGCACUUUGCCAUCAAGGUCUCCAACCCUGCUGCAGCCUUUGAGCUCUUCAAAGCUGUCAAGCGUCACAUUCCUCUCGCUUCCACGCCGAGUGGUGCAGGGACAAAUGGAAGCGACCGCACUGCUCCGCCGGCAUUGCCGCCACGUUCCUCGAAGGCUACUGGGUUUGCCUUCCAUGCGCGCGAUGAGGGUGGGGAUGAGCCGAGGGGGGACGAAGCAGCGUAA